AUGGAUCGACAACAACGUUGGAAAAGUUGGAUCAUCAUUCACUCAAAUCAACGUGGAGUUGGCAAACGGCCACGGAGUCAAGGUUUUACCUAUUGUGGGCCGCUAUUGCGAAACUGUAUCCUAUUCGAAAUCGAAACUAGUGCUCUGCAGCAAAUGCCCCACCUUAUUGGAAUGCGCCCAUUUUAUUCGAUUGGAGCACUUUUCGUUAAUCCUGUCGUCUAUGUGGUCCAAUAUGUCAGCAGAAUCGCAAGAAGUUUGUGUCAUGUGUGA